AUGGUGAAGAGCAGAAACGGAAAGAAUUUGCUUAUGUUCAAAGGUUACACCUAUUACUCGCAUAAGAAUCUCCGUGAUGGGAUUCGAUGGAGUUGCACCCAAAUGGGAUCCAGGUCCUGCAGGGCCUUCAUGCAUGUGACGAAGGAGAUGCUAGUUGUGCGGGCGUAUGUUGUACAUACACAUCAGCCUUCUAAGUAUCUUCUCGGGAAUGUUAAUAAGGGUUUGACUCUUGAGUUUUAUCUACGCCCGAAUGGUCGGAUCAAUUUACGCCUGAACAACUUUACCUUCUACAAACAUCUGAAAGCGCGCACCAACGCGCAUCGGUGGAGCUGCACGGCAUACGGCUCCAAGUGGAAGUGCAAGGCUCAUCUGAUCAUUACAGAUAAACUGGAGGUUCUUAAAGCGAGUAUUAAUCACAGCCACCCGCCCAGCCUAAAGAAAGACCCUAGGCUUCCUUUAUUGCAUCCAAUUCAAAAUGGUAAUAAGAAUAAAGAAAAUGGCCUCCCGGCCCCCGUAAACCCUAUGUCGCUUACGCCGUUACACGAUUAUUUAGUCGCACACAGUGUUUACAAUAACUAUUAA